UCACCACGUGGGUUUGGCCCCGCUGGCCAAUCACUACUGUGGGACGGUUCUGAGUACGACUUCGGUAAACAAUUUAAGCCUGAGCCAAUCCGAAGUCCCAAAUCAAAGACAGACAGCCUACCAGCCAGUUAAAGGGCUCCUUGAAGACCGCGGUUCCGGAGAGGUAGAGACAUACACUGGAGCCCUGGCCAAUUAGAAAGCGUAGGGAAGGUGAUGGGCGGAAGUAUCGACCUAUCAAGGUGUUUGCUGCCGGAAGAGGACGGACCUAAGGUCGCGGCGCCCGUGGGUACCAGGAAGAGCCGCUCAUGUCGGGGAACGGAGCGGUGUGGGGGCGCGUGCGAAGCCGCCUCCGUGCCUUCCCAGAGCACCUGGCGGCCUGUGGGACCGAGGCCGCAGCCUACGGCAGGUGCGUGCAGGCGUCCACGGCCCCGGGCGGCCGCCUAAGGAAGGAUCUCUGCGCGCAGGAGUUCGAGGCCUUACGGAGCUGUUUCGCCGCUGCGGCCAAGAAGACCCUGGAGGGAGGCCCUUAGGAAGGACCGAGGGCACAAAGCCAAACACCUUGAAACACCUGGAGUUCUGAGGGCCGCAAGGCCCGGCCCCGCUGGGGCGGCCACGGGCAGGGGGCGGCAGCCCCCGGCAUCAUGCGCGCAGGGUUCCGGUUAGAGCUGGCUGCAGCGAGCCGGCAGCAGACCCCGCAGGCCCCAUGAGGCCCCCGCUCUGCGCACGGUGUUUGCACAGGCCUGGCCUGGCUCGGAAGACCUGGACAGAGUGUGGGCGGCAGGACUUACUGCCUCAGGACUCCUGCUUUUCAAAGAAUUCUCACUAAUAAAAUGUCAUCUGAAUC